ACUUUGAGUACAAUGCAACGCGCGUUAAACCACAAUGGACGCAAUCGCUUCGUACAGCGGCGAGAGCGAAGAAGAGGAUGCGUCGCAUCUGCCCUCUCAAACAGCAUUUGACGAGUUACGACUGGGAGUGAACAGUGCGCCCGUAGUAACGUCAAAGAGAGAAAUCAGCACCAUCAUUCCUGUUGAUCCGUCAACCAAGCAAAUUGAAUUCAAUCCGACCUAUGAGCAACUUGCUGCACCCGUUUUGGGGCCGAAAAAUCCGUUUCUGACGAAGUUACAAGCUGCGGCUAAGAACAGUCUGUCAGGAUAUGUUGAACCUGAUCACAUGAGUGACUUCCAGUUUGAAGCACAACGAAGGACAUUCCAUAGCUAUGGUUAUGCUCUUGAUCCGUCUGUGGAUGCAAACAACACGUCUCAACCAAAAUAUGUGGGUGAAGUGGAUAGGGCAGAGGCUACAAAUGGUCUGACUGUGUUUGAGUCUUCCAAGUCUCGUCCUGGUGACAAGAGAAAGAGAUUGGCUACAGGGACAGCCGAUGAUGUGGAAGGCUUCCGGGGUCCGUGGGCAGCAUUCGAAGAUGAACAAAAAAUAGCCAAACCAUCAGAGGAGGAACAAGCUGUUCUUGAUGAACAGUUUGAGGCGAAGUCUAAGGUUCCUAAGAAAGAAGAGAAGGAAGAGAAAACUACACUGCACAUCAAAGAUCCACUUGACUAUCAAGGCCGUUCAUUCCUCCACAUACCACAAGAUGUCGACGUCGAUCUAAGAUCAGAGGACGCACCGGAGAAAUGCUUUCUACCAAAGAAACACAUCCACACAUGGACUGGCCAUACCAAAGGUGUCGCUGCUAUUCGUCUCUUUCCUCAGUCGGGUCACUUAUUGUUAUCAUGCGGAAUGGACUCAAAACUAAAGUUGUGGGAAGUUUAUCAUGAUCGACGGUGUAUUAGGACUUAUCUUGGACACAGACAAGCUGUUCGAGAUGCUUGUUUUAACAAUGACGGCUCGCAGUUUCUCAGCGCUGGUUUCGAUCGAUUCGUCAAGCUGUGGGACACGGAGACUGGAGAAUGCUUAGGGAGGUAUACAAGCCGUAAGAUGACGUAUUGUGUGAAGUUUAACCCAGAUGAGGACAAACAGCAUCUCUUUGUGGUUGGUCAGGCUGACAAGAAGCUCGUCACUUGGGACAUCCGAUCAGGAGAAAUCGUCCAGGAGUACGACCGACAUCUUGGCGCUGUCAACACAGCCACAUUCAUCGAUCAAAACCGACGAAUCGUGACGACAUCAGACGACAAAACAAUCCGUGUCUGGGAAUGGGACAUUCCAGUGGACAGUAAAUACAUUGCUGACCCAACGAUGCACUCAAUGCCAAGUGUCACUCUCUCUCCAAGUGGGAAAUGGUUGGCGUGUCAGUCGAUGGACAAUAAGAUUGUUGUUUAUGGUGCUUUGAAUAAGAUGAGGGAGCACAGGAGGAAGACGUUCAAAGGACACAUUGUUGCUGGCUACGCUUGUCAGAUCGGCUUCUCACCUGAUGGAUCGUACGUGAUAUCUGGAGAAUCAGACGGCCGCCUCUGCAUCUGGGAUUGGAAAACAACGCGCCUAUUCAGUAAAAUCAAGGCUCACGACCAGGUCUGCAUCGGAUGUCAGUGGCUGCCACACGAAACAUCGAAAGUGAUCACGUGUAGCUGGGAUGGACUCAUCAAACUGUGGGAUUAAUUAAUUCACAUCUACUGUCUCGCAUAGGUGCUGUUCAAAAAUAGCUAUAUAUGUUACUGUCUCAACCCAACGCAACAGAACAAUUAAUGUCGGUCGAUUUUACUUGCUGUACAUAUGCUGUUUGCAUGUUUGGUUACUUACAACUUAGAGGCAAUGACAUCAUGAGAGACUCCAUGACGAUUGUUCUGAGGAAAUAAAUUGGGCAUUAGUGAUAUUUGUA